UCACUCGCAUAUAUUAGGCGAUCCGAUCUUUCAUUCCCUGCGACAAAACUAGUAGGAGGUGAGCAGCGUGGUCGGAUGAGCCAUCCGUCACCAAGGGGCGACUCCGUAUUUUUUUCUUUUUUUUAAUACGCAAAGUGUAUGAUGGAAAUUGUGCAUGUAUGUAUUUUAAUCGCGCUCACAGCGCCAGACGCUCAGACCAUUUAAUGCUCCGGCGCGGAGGGGGAUAAGGACCGGGGAAUCCCGGGUACCCACGGCAGCGAGAGGUUGGCGGAACAUGGCAAGCGGUCGCCGGGAUCCAUCGCAAACUGUCAUCGACGUCGUCUGUCAUAAUUCAUUAUUAUAAGACUUGGGGGAGGAAAAAAAGCACCAAGAACGGACGUGCCAAAAAAAGGGGGCAGAGUUUGAUGGAGUUGCGUCGACUUUUUUUUUUUUUUUUACACAUGACUCCAGUCGGGUUUGAGCUGAAAGAUCACAGCGUGUAAAGAGGGACUGUCGCGCCGGGACAACAUGUUUGAUUGCAUGGAUGUGAUCGCAGUGAGCACUGGACAAAUGCUGGGUUUUUACUCUCCGAGUCCUUCCUCAUGCAUGCUUCAGGAAAAGGCUCUCAAAGCCUGCCUCAGUGGGAUAGCUCAAGCAGACUGGCCGCAUCGUCGGAGCAAGCACUCUGUGGAGACACGGAGCAGCAGUUCGGAGGAGCUGGUACCGAGCCCGCCGUCCCCGCUGCCCCCACCGCGCACCUACAAGCCCUGCUUCGUGUGCCAGGACAAGUCGUCGGGAUACCAUUACGGGGUCAGCGCCUGCGAGGGCUGCAAGGGCUUCUUCCGCAGAAGCAUCCAGAAGAACAUGGUCUACACAUGCCACAGGGACAAGAACUGCAUCAUCAACAAGGUCACGAGGAACCGCUGUCAGUACUGUCGCCUGCAGAGAUGCUUCACCGUGGGAAUGUCCAAAGAGUCGGUUCGCAAUGACCGAAACAAGAAGAAGAAAGAGUCCCCCAGGCUGUUUGUGGAGAAGUGCGAGCUGAGCGCUGAACUGGAGGCGACCGUCGAGAAGAUCCGCAAGGCCCACCAGGAGACCUUCCCCUCCUUGUGUCAGCUGGGCAAGUACACUACGAAUUCGAGCGCCGACCACCGGGUCCGCCUGGACUUGGGCCUCUGGGAUAAGUUCAGCGAACUGGCCACCAAGUGCAUCAUCAAGAUAGUGGAGUUUGCCAAGAAGGUGCCUGGCUUUGGGGGACUCACCAUCGCCGACCAGAUCACCCUGCUGAAGGCUGCCUGCCUCGACAUACUGAUCUUGAGGAUUUGUACCAGGUACACGCCUGACCAGGACACCAUGACCUUCUCGGACGGCCUGACGCUAAACCGCACACAGAUGCACAAUGCUGGCUUUGGGCCCCUCACGGACCUGGUGUUCACCUUCGCCGGCCAGCUGCUACCCUUAGACAUGGACGACACAGAGAGCGGCCUGCUGAGUGCCAUAUGCCUCAUCUCCGGAGAUCGACAGGACCUGGAGGAGCCCUCCAAGGUGGACAAGCUGCAGGAGCCUCUGCUGGAAGCUCUGAAGAUCUACAUCCGCAAGCGGCGGCCCAGCAAGCCACACAUGUUUCCCAAGAUCCUGAUGAAGAUCACGGACCUGCGUAGCAUCAGCGCUAAAGGCGCUGAGAGAGUCAUCACUCUGAAGAUGGAGAUUCCGGGGGCGAUGCCACCGCUCAUCCAGGAGAUGCUGGAGAAUGCCGAGGGCCAGGAGGAGCAGAGCUCCGAGGACAGCAGCCCGAGCGGGAGCUGUGGUCCGGGCCCCAGCCUCUCCUCCCCCGAGUCCACAGACUGCCCCGUGCCCCUCGACUGAGCAGCUCAGGCGUCAGGUCACAGCUGUAGAUCUUCACAUAAGACAUUGCUUUGCACAGCUGAGAAGAAGGAUCUGGCAGAUACGCGGUCGGACGUUGCCUCGUGUCCCCUUGGAUUUAACGACACAACCAGGCCACAGAGGACCUAAGCUUAGUGUAUAAAUCAUUCCUUCCUAGCCUUUGACAUUUCAAAUUCGGUAACUUCAUUAUGUUACAGCCCUAAAGAGAGGAACACAUUUCAGGCUUCCAUUGUAUAGGUUUAUAUCUGCAUGGUGGAACCAGCUCGGUAAACAAACUGAACUAUCUUUGUCAUCAACGUACAUUGUACAUACCAUUGUAUGGCUCAACUUUUUCUAUGAUUGUUGUGGUGCUUUUGUCAUAAAUAUAAGACCGUUUGAGGCAAUACUUCAAGCAAAAGCUGACUUAUUAAAAGGCCUUGAAAUAGUCAUACAGAAUGUUCUCGCAUAUAGAUAGCUUAGCAAUGUAUUUACAUCUGUUAACCAGUCAUAUUUAAAGAUGGUUUUUAACUUUGUGUCCAUUUUCCGUUACUCAGUAGGACUGCAACAAGCUCUUCAAACCUGGAUGACCUUGUAGCCAUCGGUUGAGGACAUUAUUAGUGGUUUUACUCCGGUCCUACUUAAGAACGGGUAUCCUGUAGUAAAACACAGACACAGUAAAUUGGAGCUUAUGGUCAUUUUAAAAACACCACAGAGCUUUUCUUUUAUGUAGCUCGUGUUUGCCUCUUGCUGCUGGUAGUGCAGCCAUAGAAUUACACACAAGCCGAGGGGACUGUACAUUAUGAUUAAUGAAGCAGUUACUUAACUAGUUAUCGUGCCAAUCACUCGUCGAGUGGACUUCUCCUGUCUCAUUGUGGCUGCUUUGGGCUGUUCGCCUCCGAAUGUUCUCAGAUUGGCACUAAGUCUAGAAUGCAUCAUGCAUUGUUGAAGCACUUAUCGAAACAUGAUAUACUCAGAUACAUUCUUUGAUAACUUUACUUAAAAUAAGAGGAAUAAUUAGAUUUUACUCUUAAAUAGAUCUUUUGAAUGAACUUAGAAAUAUUAGUACGUAUUCUAAGUCUUAAGUUGCAUUUCAUUUUCCAGGGUCUAGUCUUCCACUAUAGACAUCCGACAGGAAAGUCCCACUCGUUAUGUAAUAGCUGAUAUGAAUGGGCUACAUAUUAGAUUUCAUUUACAAAAUGCUACUACUAAAUAUACAAAAAAAUAAAACAUAUUACUUCUGUUUUAGAUAAUGCAAACGUUAUUCAGACACAUAUUUUCUACCAAAACAAAGUUGUGUUGGGCAAGGUAUCAUUUGAAUACCAAGUAUAUUGUUCCUGAAAACAUUGCACUUUCCUUUACGUAAAAUGAGUUCAACAAAUACCUCAAAUUAUGCAAUGGAUAAUGCAGACAGGAAGAAAAAGGCCUAUUUAUCCAGUGUUGAAGAAUGUGUUAUUCAAAGCAGUAUUUUAGCAGUAAAUAUUGCAGUAUGCCCUCUAAAAAAAUGGGUCUUACCCACAUUUGUAUCUCAGUAGACUGGAUUCGGUGGAGACACCUGCGAGAUGCUUUAACUGAGUGAAGCUGAGGGUCUGCUUUAUAAAUGAGGUAUGAAACAUGGACACAGUCUGCUCGAUCUACCCAUAAGGCAUCACCAACUUCAUACUGAAACCCGGCACCAGAAGCAAACAGCAGGGAGCAGACAAAUUAAGGCUAAAGCCUUAUCAUGGUGUGCGCCUGCCAAAUUGGUGUGUUAUCAAAUGAAAAAAAUCAGGCACCACAUCAUGUGGUGUCGCAGAGGAAGAUGUUGGAAGAUUUUUGGCGUUGCUACUCAUGCACACAUCUGACGUUGAUGGUGAAUAACAUGUUUUUAAAGGACAGCAACACAUCCUUAACUCGUACUACUGCUUUCUUGGUGACUAAACCUGUUUCCAUGGGAACCGUGUAGUGAAAAAUUUAUUUAUACUCUGUUGAAUGUGUAUUUUAAACAGUGCUUCUUCAAUAAUUAACAAUGCUUUUUAUGUUCUUAUACUGUUUACCAUUGACU